CCUCCCACCAGCCAUUAGCGGAAAUGGGAAGAUCCCCUACAAAAUAUGGCCGUGUUGACAUCACGGUGCACACCGCUCGCACGCACGCAGAUACACACAGUCACGCACAUACCUUGAGCAGCAGCACAGAAAAAUGGCGCCGGUGAAGGUGUUCGGGCUGGCGAGGUCGGCGAACGUGGCGCGGGUGCUUGUCUUCCUGGAGGAGGUGGGCGCCGAGUACGAGCUCGUCAACAUCGACUUCAAGGUCAAGGAGCAUAAGAGCCCUGAGCACCUCGCCAGAAACCCGUUCGGGCAAAUCCCUGCUUUCCAGGACGGAGAUCUGCUUCUCUUCGAGUCACGCGCGAUCUCAAAGUACGUCCUCCGCAAGUACAAGACGGACGAUGUCGACCUGCUGAGGGAGGGCAACCUUAAGGAAGCUGCAAUGGUGGACGUGUGGACCGAAGUGGACGCGCACACCUACAACCCAGCCCUGUCGCCGGUCGUGUACGAGUGCAUCAUCAAACCGAUGAUGUACGGCAUCCCCACCGACGAGAAGGUCGUGGCCGAGAACCUCGAGAAGCUGAGGAAGGUGCUGGAGGUGUACGAGGCGCGCCUGUCCGAGCACGAGUACCUGGCCGGGGACUUUGUCAGCUUCGCGGACCUCAACCACUUCCCCCACACCUUUUACUUCAUGGCCACGCCCCAUGCGGCGCUCUUCGACUCGUACCCACAUGUCAAGGCCUGGUGGGAGAGGAUAAUGGCCAGGCCGUCCAUCAAGAAGAUCGGCGCCAGCAUGAUUCCGUCCAAAGCAUGAUUUGAAUGCACGGAGAGAUCUCACGUCCUGUGUUGGCAUCGCUGAUGUGUAUCGUGCUUCUCUUUGCUGGUCUCACUAAUAAGGCCAUCAGCUACUUGGUUGUUGUGCUAGUGUGUACACGUCAGAGAUCUGAAAACUCUCUAAAUUGAACCACAGUUUGGUUAUUUUUCUAAGGAACCGUCAGCUUUAUUAA